AUGAAACGAACGAGAACAGUAGCCAUCGUCGGUGCAGGUGCUAGCGGUUUACAAAAGGAAUUAGGCGGUAUUUGGUGUGAACAGUCUGCAUACGCUAAUUUACAUAGUCAACAGCCGGGUGGAACUUUUGAGUUCUCUGAUCUAUUCAGUGGGGAAGAAUUUGCACCUUGGCAAAAUGUUCACAACUAUCUACAAAAAUAUGCCGAUCUGUUUCACAUUACUGAUCGAAUUCAUUUUCGAACACGUGUUCUCUCAGUAUCAAAAGAAGAUCUGAAAAAUGAAAGCACCCCGUGGAUUAUUAAGACUGAAAAUGAGAAUGGCGAAGAACGAACACAUGAAUUUCACUUAGUUGUUGUUGCUAGUGGUCUCUACUCUCAUCCUCAUCUGCCAACCUAUCCUGGCCAGAAUAAGUUUGCUGGUCUAAUUGUGCCACCAUCUGCUGUUAAGUCGCAUGAUCAAGUCAGAAACAAACGUGUUGUGAUAGUCGGACAGGGAAAAUGUGCAACCGAUAUGGCUGUGAUUGCAGGUCAUCAUGCUCGUUCGUGUCACAUGGUGUUUCGUAAAGCGCACUGGAUGAUUCCUCGUCGCAUCGUUCAUAAUCUACUGCCUGCACGAAUGUUGUUUACACGCAUCUUUGCGACUCCUUUUGUUCCACUGCCGAAUGGUUCAUACAGUAAAAUCUUUCGUUUACUGCAUAAAAAUUACCCCAAGCUAUUCACAACCAUGAUUGAGAUCAUAUCGAAUGAUAUCAUGUCAAUACAUGGAACGGACCUGACAGAAGAUGGUGUAUUUAUUCCACAGCAUUCAUUCCGUAGUCAAGAAAAUAUCUCUAUGAUUCCAACUGAUUUUCUAUCGCUAAAACAUAAUGGCCGUAUUAUUGGAAAACUCGAUACGAUCAAAGAAAUUGUUGAUGCAACAACGAUUCGUCUCAAUUCAGGCGAAGAUUUACAGGCAGACAUGAUCAUUUUAGCAACUGGCUUUAUUCGAAGCUUUCCAUUCUUUUCUCCCGAACAUGUCGAGAUGCUGGGCUUGUCCCACCCAGCUGAUAAUACCGAACUUAAUCUCUAUCGCCGUGUACUGCCUGUUGGCAUACCAAAUAUAGCUUUCAUUGGUUUUACAGGCUCUGCAGGCAAUUUGAUGGUAGCUGAAGUUGCUAGCCACUGGAUUUCGGAAUACUUUCUCAAACGACUUCGACUGCCUCAAACUGCACAGCAGAUGCACGAAGAAAUUAACUCCAACCGUUUGUUUGUUCGAAGCAUCUUUCGUCGAAAUGAGUAUGACUAUCGAUACUAUUGGCUAGCAUCGAUGGAAAUCUACUUGAAUGACAUGGGUAUAAAUUUGUAUCGCACAAAUAAUUGGAUAAGUGAAUAUUUUGGUGUGUAUAGUCCACAGCGUUUGAAAGGUUUGCACGAAGAACGAAAGAUAAUUGCAGAAACAGGCCAUGCACCUCGUCGAUUUUAUUUUAAGUUUCAACCUGAUUGGCAAUUGGACUAUUUAUUCCCGUCGAUGAUCUUUGAACCAGCAAUGAAAUUAUCACCGCCCUACCAAGAACAAUUCUAUUCGUAUUCUUUUGUUGUUCCACCACCAACUAGAAAUAAACAGUACUGGCAAUCCAAUAAAAUUCCUAUGCCAUUGACAACGAAUGAGACCACCAUUGAAUUAUAUAUUCGAGAUGGAGAUAAAGUUGGUCCAACCUAUACGAUUCAUGUUCAACGAGUAACUGUUUAA